UAGAACAGACAAUCCUAUUCAAGUCACUGCUCUAUGUUGUUUGGGAAUUCUAUUUCUGUGCCCCCACACUCUCAGGAGGAACAUCGAAAUCUACACUCACCAAACGAAGCUCAUUGUUGUUGCGUUGCUCUUACUCCACACAUCGGCUUCCUCUUCUUCCUCUUCCCCUGGAGCUGCAGGCAUGUUGAAACCACUGUUUCAAUACAUAGAUGACCACCAAAAUCAGUUUGUUCAGAGGCUGACGGAGUGGGUUGCUGUCCAGAGUGACUCAGGAGAUCACACUAAAUGGGGAGAAGUUGAAAGAAUCCUGAACAUGACAGCAGUGAGGAUCCAAGAGAUGGGAGGCAUAGUGGAGUUAGCAGAUGUAGGCACUCAUCAGCUGCCCAGUGGGGAGACUGGGCCGCUUCCACCAGUGAUACUGGCUGAGUUUGAGAGGGACCCGAAGAAAUCUACUCUCUGUAUCUAUGGCCAUGUGGAUGUCCAGCCAGCCAAGAUGGCGGAUUUGUGGACCACGUGAUUCAAUCUAACAGAGAUCAAAGGUAACCUGUAUGGGAGGGGGGCCACGGACAACAAAGGGCCGGUCCUGGCCUGGCUUCAUGCUGUGGAGUCCUACCUGGCCACAAAGAAGGAGAUACCAGUAAAUAUAAAACUCAUCAUUGAGGGUCUGGAGGAGGUGGGCUCAUACGGUCUGUUGGAGUUGACCAGGAAGAGAAACGACAGCUUCUUUGCAGAUGUGGACUUCAUAGUGAUCUCUGACAACGUGUGGGCGACCAGAACCCCAGCCCUGACCUACGGAACCAGAGGGAGCAGCUAUUUCUUUGUGGAGGUGAUGAUAUACAGUGGGGGAAAAAAGUUGGACCUCCAUUCUGGAGUGUACGGGGGUUCUAUCCAGGAGCCCAUGUCAGAUCUGAUAGCCUUACUAGGAAGUCUGUUGGACCACACAGGUAAGAUCCGAAUUCCCGGGUCACUGAGUGAUGUCUUGCCCCUCACUGAGGAUGAGAGGAAGCUCUAGACAAUAUCAGCUUUUGACCUGGAGGAGAUGCUGAAGAGGGUGGCUGGGGUCAAACACUUCCUACAGGACACUAAGGAGGAAGACGUGUUUGGUCAGUGGAGUUACCCAUCCCUGUCCAUCCAUGGGACAGGGGCCUUCUCAGAUCCAGGACACAAAACUGUCAUCCCCAAACAGGUCACAGGGAAGUUCUCCAUCCGACAGGUCCCCAACAUGGACCCUCCAGAUGUGGAAAGGAAGGUACAGAGUGUCUACCUGUCAUGGUUUGAAUUACAGGGGUACCAGGGUUGUUGGGACAGGAGCAUACCCAUAACAAGGAUCAAAAUACAAGCAUGGACAUCCUCGUAACCCCUGUAACCAGUGAGUGAUUUGUCACGAUUCAGACAGACGACCAGAGGACCACAAUUGCGUCACACCAGAA